AUGAUUUUGCGAAAUGUUGGCACUUCGAACAAUGAGCAAUGGAUCACGACUUCUUACCAGAGAAAAUUCACUUGUCCAGAGUGUCAUUCCACUUUCCAUGAUAAGGUUAUUUCAACUUUUCAUCGACAAAAUUCUUAAAAAUCUGCGAAUGAAGUUGAAAAAAGAAAGCAUGAAUCCUCGCAUGAAGUCGUCGUUCGAUAUUUUGUGAACAAUAGUUAAUUUUGGUAGCUCAGCCUUGAAUCUUUUUUUCAGUUCUCUUUGACUUUUCAGAGACGGAAGUUUGAAGAGCUUUGUUGAGUACUAAGGGAGUGUCUGUUCGGAUUUUGAAUGUCAAGCGAAACAAUUUCUGCGAGGAAAUUUUUGAGAGAUUCAUUCCGAAGUGUCUCAUGUUUGAGGUUGUUAUUGUUUCGGACUUGCAGAGAGAUCUGUUUUGGCACGCCGAGGAAUGUAUGAUAGAAGCGAUGGAAGAAGAGGCGGCGAGCGCGAUGACCGAGUCGUCGCACGUCUUCAGCGACCGGAGAAGCUCGACAACUGAGCCGCAGAUGCCGUCGUCGAGUCGGAAGCCUCCGCCUGGCAUCACGAUCAAGGCCACUCAAACGACGACCAAGAAGGAGUUCGUCCGUGUCAACGUCCAUCGGGAAAUCGAGCUGGAGCAGUGGCAGCGUGCCGAAAAAGAAGAGAGAAGUGUCGCCAAACCGUGGGUUCUGCUUCUCUUGAAAGCUCAGCGCAAUCGGCUUUUUAAAAAAGGCGAUCGAUGACUAUUUUUGUAAAAAUUUAGUUGAAAAUAUUUGAAAUCGCUCUUAACUCCGAGAAACAACUACAAACUGUCUGUUUUGAGAUUAUUCGUCUCUUUUGUACUUCCGGACGCUAGAAAUGUGCCUUAGUAACUAAACUAUGAUGUUUUGAUUGAAAUUAAUGUCAAUUUCUGUAACCAAAUCCCUCGACUUCGAUUUGUCUGCUUUUUUUUAAACUAUUCUGACCACGAAGGGUUUUCUUAACUGAUAGGUUAUGACGUCGAGUUCUUUUUCUGAUUUUAGGUGGUUUUUGAACCAAGCUCCAGGUCGAGCUCAACAGCGACACAGUAUUCAUAAAUUAUUCCUUCCUCACCUCUUCCUGUAAAUACCUAUGUCAUCUAGAGACCCUCCUGCCGAGAAGGAAGCUGAUCCUGAGGGUGAUAAACAAGAAGAGCAGCUUAUCGACGGACCGCGGGGUCUCAAAAUGGUCGUUUCUGUUGAAAAUCCGCCUCCUACAACUUCAAAAGUUUGUACUGUUGGUCGGCUAUUUUCGAUUUAGAAUUUUGAGGAGAACGAUGCCGAUGAAGGCCCUCCGGAACUGGCGAACGAACGGGCAGAAGGGGGUGGAGAAGAAGAAGAAGUUGGAGAAACUGCCGAUAACACGGGUACAGUUAGAGGAACCAGCACCUUAUUACCUGCUUGCAGAAGAGUUCAAUUCCGAGGAUCCUGAAGGUUUUGGAUUUUUGGCAGGGAAUCGACAGGUAAUUUUUGUGCCACCGAGCCCGAAAAGAAAAAAUUUCUAAGCACUUCGGAAUUUCGAAAUUUUUAGGGACAAGUCCUCGGAGCUCUCGCAAAUUCCAGCGACGACCUUUUCAAACCGAAAAUGGAAUGUCCCACUUGCGGAUUAGUAUGUAGAUAACUUCUGGACGAAACAAAAACUUUCUCUAAGGUUCUCUACCGUCACAACUUCGCCACACACUUCAGGAUACAUACCGGGGAGUUGCCCUAUUGUUGCCAGUUUUGCAUGAAACGAUUCAGGUGGAUAUUUAUUUAUGAAACUUCGAUUUUUUUUUUCUAUUUCUCACAGAUAAGAGGUGAAAAGCGGAGGCCUUUUAAUGGAGAAAUUGAUGGGAAGUUCAUGGAAUAGUUGAAAUCAAAAAAGUAUUUUGAAAUAUCCGUUUUCGUAUGAAAUAUUCUCACUCAAGAAAGAAAGCGAAGUCAUAUAGUAAAUUGACGUCUCCCGUCCUUUGCUUCUUUCUUUCACUUUGGGCACAGAGAAAGAAGUCCAACGAUUUAUCACUCAAGCUUGAGUAAUUAAAUCAAUAACAUAUCUGCAAUGGGCUGUUGCUUCGGUCGCUAGAAGGUUUUCUCACAUAGUAUUCAAAUUAUUUGUUUUUUUGUGACUCUAACGCUGAAGUAAUUUUCAUCUCCUCCAUUCGGACCAUGAAAGUGCGCUGAAGACGUAUUUUAUAUAUUUUAUAUGUUUUCCAGAACCUCGUCCUCUUUGAAAGUGCACAUCAGAGCUCAUACGGGGGAGAAACCGUACAACUGCCCUUCUUGCGGCUACGCGACGAUCACCAAGAGGAAUCUCGACCGCCACAUCGUCAACCAUCACGUCCGCAACACCACCAUCAAAGGACCCAUCACGCGGAAAAGCCGGUCUGUCAGAUCGAAACCCAAUUAGACUUCAGGAAACGCAGAUUCUUAAAAGGAAAAUGGAUUGAGUAAUUUGAAUAACAAACCCUUUUUAGCUGGAAGCUUUUGCCUUGAAUGAUCUUUGGUUCAUAAAAUAGUAUCAGCAGGAGUUGACGAACGAACUUAACAAACUUUUCCGGAAACAUUAAGUUAUUUUGCUUUUUUUUUGUGGCUCACCGUCUGCCACAUACACCUUUUCAGCGCCUUGAAAAUUUUUUUCUUGCAGACUCGACUUUCAAAAAAAGCUUUAAGCAUUUUUCGCUUUUUGAACUUCAAAGUUCUGAAAAUGGAUGAGCUUUUUUCAGGUAUCGUCGUCAAGAGAACGCAGAAGACAUUGUGGAGACGGCGAAGAGAAUGUUGGAGAUGUCUCGCCCGCAUAACAAUGACCAUUCCUACAUACUUCCCUACGAGGUAUCAAAAAUCUUUUCCACCGUGCACCGGAAGUCUUGUUUGAGGAGGACGAGACGGUCGAGGAAUCCACUGAGCAAGAAUGUUUGCAAGAGGAAGUUGUCCAUGAGGAGCCUGAAGCUGUAGGAUCUCGCUUCAAAAUUUUCGAUAACUUUUCUGUUCCAGGAUCAUGAGGAGGCUCUGGUCGAAGAAGAUGCUAUAGAAGAAAUCAUUUGA